CUUGGAUCAAGUCUCCGACCCCUUGCCCCAUUUACAUAACCCUUCCCAAGUCCUAAGUCAAUUAUAAUCUCCACCAUUUGUCUCGCGAAUAAUAGUCUCUACAACUUCUCUUUAUUUCUAGAGAGUUCUUCCUAUCUGCAUAUCCAAUGGCGUCUGAUCUCGAAAGGAAGGCCAAAGAGGCGUUCGUCGACGACCACUUCGAGUUGGCCGCCGAACUCUUAACUCAGGCCAUCGCCCUAAGCCCUGCCAGCGCUGAGAUCUACGCUGACCGCGCCCAGGCCAAUAUCAAGCUCGGCAAUCUAACUGAGGCCGUUGCUGAUGCAAACAAAGCGAUUGAGCUGGAUCCUUCGAUGGCCAAAGCUUACUUCCGGAAAGGCACUGCAUGCAUAAAGCUUGAGGAGUAUGAAACUGCCAAGUCAGCCUUGGAGAUUGGUGCUUCUUUGGCCCCUGAGGACACUAGAUUUGCUAAUUUGAUCAAACAAUGUGAUGAAUGCAUUGCUGAUGAGACGGCUGAUCUAUCAAAACAAGUGUUAGAAGCUCCGGCAAACGUUGUGUCAAAACAAGUGUCAGAAGCUGUGGCAGAUGCUGUCUCUAUGGAAGAUGUUCAACCAGUGAUUGAUCUUUCUGGCCAGGUGCCUGUAGUAACAGCAGCCAAACCAAAAUAUAGGCAUGAAUUCUACCAGAAGCCCGAAGAGGUGGUUGUGACUAUAUUUGCAAAGGGCUUACCAGCCAGCAGUGUUGCUGUUGACUUUGGUGAACAAAUACUGAGUGUCAGCAUCAAUGUUCCUGGUGAAGACCCAUACCAUUUUCAACCUCGCUUAUUUGGGAAGAUAAUACCUGCCAAGUGUAGAUAUGUUGUUUUGUCUACAAAGGUUGAAAUCCGCCUUGCAAAAGCUGAUCCUAUACACUGGAUCUCUCUUGAUUACAAGAUGGAACCAACAGUUGUACAAAGAGUUGACGUAUCCUCAGUGAACGGGUCUAACAAACCUUCCUAUCCAUCAUCGAAGCCAAAAGCAGUAGAUUGGGACAAGCUUGAAGCUCAAGUGAAGAAGGAGGAGAAGGAGGAAAAGCUAGAUGGUGAUGCAGCUUUGAAUAAAUUUUUCCGGGACAUAUACCAAGACGCUGAUGAAGACACAAGAAGGGCAAUGAAAAAAUCUUUUGUAGAAUCAAAUGGAACAGUGCUGUCCACAAACUGGAAAGAAGUGGGUUCAAAGAAGGUAGAAGGAAGCCCUCCUGAUGGUAUGGAGGUGAAGAAAUGGGAGUACUGAUCUCUCGGUGGAAUGGUUGGAUAUAUUGUAAUUCAACAGUGUGAUUUUGGUGGUCCUUAUUCCUGUUAUUGCUUUCUCUCGUGCAGCAAUGCAUACAAUGUUUAGAGUCCGUUGACAAUUUGUAUGUCUUGCAACUUUAAACUCAACUCCCAGGAUUGCGGUGAUGCAAUUGUGCCUUAGUUCAGUGUGAUCGAUAACUGUGCUUUUUGUUUA